AUGGAAGUCGGACCGGCAAAGAAGCGGUCGCCCGCGGCCUGCAUCUUGCCUCUGGUGUUAGUUACCAUUGCUCUACAUUGCCUCUGCGAGCUCUUGUCAAUGAGUCUCCACUGCGUCUUUUGGAUUGCAUCCAUGCUCUUCGCCCCUUUCAUACACCUUUGUUUCCUCUGCGUGGCCAUCUUUGCGCUCUACAUUGUUAUUAGCGUGGACGCAGAGCAUUCUCAGCCAGGCAUUGAGGUGGUUGAAGACAACAAGACUACCCUUGAGUGCACACAGACAGGCGACAAGCAGGAACACACCAAGGUCGAAGAGCCGGGCCCUCAACCUACCACAUUCACCGGCCCGCCAGUUAGCAAGAAGAUAUCCGCAACCACCAAGCGAAGCAGCAAGAUUCCCGUCCGGUCAAAGAAGCAGAGCUUGUACAAUGGCGGCAAGGCCUCGUCUGCACACUCCAUCUCUUCAAAGUCUCACUCCGAUGCUCUCAAGCCAACUAAGAGCACUAUCUCGCCAAAGGGCCCUACGUCCAGCAUACCCUCUAGCCCCUCAAAUGCUUCUAGAUUCUCAACGCCACCCUCCUCUUCGAAGACUUCUUCGCCGGCACCCUCCGUGUCUCCAAACAUCUCUAUCUCAUCGGCUCCCUCCUCCUCCCAGAAGUGGUUUGAGACGCAGCACGCCUCUGAACCGUCAACGUCUUCUGCUUCUUUCCACGGAUCUUCGAAGACUUCUCCGGACCCUACCGCUUAUACCACCUCUACUGCGGAGACCGAUACGAGGGCUACAGAACAUAAGAACAACGAGAGUGCUGGAGACCUUGAGACUGAGCCAAUCAAGAAGACUUUCGUGAACUUCUACGAACUCUUUGAUAUCCCACGAGAUGCGACUACCGAACAGGUUAGCAAGGCCUAUAAGAAGAUGGCCAUUAAGUAUCACCCGGACAAGAUGGCUCCAGAGGACAAGGAGAAGGCCGACGAGAUGUUCAAGUUGAUUGGAGAAGCGGCUGCGGCCCUGAAAAACGACAAACUUAGGACAGACCAUAACGCCAAAAUCGAUGCUGGGCCGGACGCCGAGGAGGAAGAACGCCCUAAUAGGGACCCAGUCUUUGGUGUUACAUACUACGAGAUACUAGGUACUCGAAACGGCGCAACUAUCGACGAGGUACAGGAGCGCUGCCACCAGAUCCUCACAGAGUACGACGCGAAGAUCCAGAUCGCCAUUGCUACGGGCGACGACGUCGACGAGCUCCAGCGGCAGGCCCUUUAUAAGCAGGCAGAGCUUCAGUCUGCGACUGUUGAUCUGUGGGAUCCGGUCAAGAAGUCUUACUACGACUGGGAGCUGUGGAUGAACUGGAGGAUGGUGGGUAGAGAGCCUGAGGUCCUCAGAGCGGUCGUCGGAGGGUACGUGGUGGUCAACAUUGAGUACCACACCGACGAAGAACUGAGUGCGAACGCAAUGCAAGGUCCGCAGGGCGAGUUCAUCGACGCAUUUCUUUAUUCGUACCUGGGCCUUCAUGAUGGCGCGACGAUGCGCGAAGUCUGGGAGGCCUACGCGCGAUUUACGACGUCAUUCACUACCGGUCUCUCAAUAGAGACUUCAACAAGCAAUGAGUUGCUUCGGGCCACGAGGCUCAUUGAACUUUACAACACGUACAUGGCGAUUAUUGGGGAGCCACUAAACAAAUACUGGUAUGAUGAGUCGUUGUGGAGGGCCGGUCGCAUUCAGAGGAGACCGGCAUGGACGACGGUGGAAGAGCAGGCAGCGAGAAAAAGGCAGGCUGAGCUUGAAAAGACCGAGAGGGCAACUCUUGCCUGA